GUGCUCACUGUAGUGAACUGCAUUUUGUUUACCAGUUCUGAUCAAGAAGAGCCUAACAUACAAGGAUCAAUUUUUUGAGGCUGAACUAGCACAUUAUUUGCUCGUAGCCAGAGUUAUGGCAGCGUUAUCACAUUCAGAAUCGAGGCGGUUAUAUUCUUGGUGGUGGGAUAGCCACAACAGCCCUAAGAACUCUAAAUGGCUCCAUGACAAUCUAACAGAUAUUGAUUCCAAAGUAAAAUUUAUGAUCAAGCUACUUGAAGAGGAUGCGGAUUCAUUCGCUAGAAGGGCUGAGAUGUACUACAAGAAACGGCCCGAGUUGAUGAAAUUAGUUGAGGAAUUCUACAGGGCAUAUCGUGCACUAGCUGAAAGAUACAAUCACGCAACAGGGGAGUUGCGCCAUGCCCAUCGGACCUUAGCAAAGGCGUUUCCUGACCAAGUACCUGUCGAUAUGGUUGAAGAUUCGCCUUCAAAACCUCCUCGCACACCAGAAACAAGAAUAGUCCGUGCAUUGUUUGGCUCAGGUGACUUGCAUGGGCUUAAAGAUGAUCAACUAGGGGGAGACGAAGAAGAUUCAAACUCUAUUGAAAGGACCCCGGUUUUUCAUGCUCAAGUGCUGAAAUUUUCAAACGAAAAUCAUGAGGCCGUGAAGGAGGCUGGAAGAGCUGGAGAAGCUGAAAGUGAAGUCGAGAGCUUGAGACGUGCACUUGCUGAUAUCCGAGCUGAAAAGGAGAGUGUCCUUGUCCAGUAUCAACGGUGUCUGGCAGAGCUAUCCAGUGUCGAGGUAGAGCUCAACAAUGCCAAGGAUGACUCUAUCGAGCUCAAUGAGAGAGCUAGCAGAGCUGAGAUAGAAGUUCAGACGUUGAAGGAAGCUCUUGUUCAGUUAGAGGCCGAGAAUAAUGCUGGGCUCAUUAAACACAACGAGUACUUGGAGAAGAUAGCAAAUUUGGAAGAGAAUCGCAGGGAAUUGAAAGACGAAAUAUGUAGAUUGGAGCGUGAAAACGAAGAAGAUUAUAAACAAUGUCUUGAGAAGAUAUCAGUUCUCGAGAAUCUGAUCACCAUUCUUGAAAAUGAGGCUCGACUGCUCAAGAAACAAGCAGAGUCAGCUGAAACCCAAGUCUCCGAGCUUCAACAGUCCCUUGCAGAUCUCAACAAGGAGAAAGAAGCAUCUGCACUCCGCUACAAAUGCUGCUUGGAGACAAUUUCCAAGCUCGAGAAGGACUUGACGUGUGCGAAAGAGGAAGUCAAGCGCCUUAACAAUGAUGUUUUGAUUGGAAAUCUGAAGCUGAGGACUGCUGAAGACAAGUCUUUGCUAUUGGAGAUGUCGAACCUUUCGCUGCAAACAGAGGCUGAGAAACUGGAAAAGAAGAUUGCUGCCAAGGAUCAAGAGCUUUCACGGAAGCAGGAGGAGUUGGAGAGCCUCCAAACGUGCCUGCAAGAUGAACACUCGCGUCGUGCAAAAGUUGAGGCCACUCUUCAGGACCUGCAUUCUCAAUCUCGAGAUGAUCAGAGAGCUCUUAAGCUUGAGCUGGAAAACGUGCUCCACACGCUCAAGGACUUGGAAGCAAGCAAAGUAGGACUUGAAGAAGAGAUUUGUCAGGUUCGGGAAGAGAAUCAAAGCCUGAGUGGAGCAAACUCAUCUUCGGUGGAGAAAAUGCAAAAUGAAAUCCUUACCUUGAGAGAGAUCAAGGAGAGACUCGAGAAAGAAGUUUCACGCCACAGCGACCUAAGUAAUUCCCUCGAGCAGGAGAUAACGCGUAUGGAAGAGGAAAUCGAAGGGCUGAAUAGGAGCUAUCAGGCUUUAGUCGAACAAGUAGAAGCAGCAGGUCUGAGCAAAAACUGUGUAACGAGUUCGAUAAAGAGCUUGCAGAAUGAGAACUCAAUGCUGAGGGAGAUGAAUGAGGAGGUGAGUAACGAGAGACAAAUCCUGUCGAGUAAGCUGGAGAGCAUGCAGGAACUUUUGGAUAAAAAGGUGGUCCUAGAAAGCUCGAUCUCGUGCUUGCAGAGUGAGCUGGAGGGCUCACGAGAAACGGUUAAAGCAUUGCAGGAAUCUUGCCGGUUUCUCCAAGAAGAAAAGGCCACAUUCAUGUCCGAGAAAGCUUCUCUUCUUUCUCAGUUGAAGGCUACGACCGAUAAUAUGCACAACCUGUUGGAAAGAAAUGCUGUUGUUGAGAAUACCCUCUGCAAUGCAAGAGGUGAACUUGAAGGUUUGAGGGAGAAAUCCAAGGGAUUGGAAGAAAUGUGUGAAUUGCUUAAGAAUGAAAGGUCUCAUCUUUUGGAGGAAAGGAUUAGCUUGGCGACCAGGUUGGAAAACGUUGAGAGAAGACUAGAAACCUUAGAGAAGAAAUAUACCGGGCUUGAAGACAAAUGCAUGAGCCUCGAGAGAGAAAAGGAGGGAGUUCACUGUCAAGUCGAAGAACUCAAAAUAUCGUUGUUUAUGGAGAAGCAAGAACGAAGUUCCUCCCAGCUUCAGAGUGACACUAGAUUGGCUGGACUAGAAGACCAGAUUCAUUUCCUGAAACAAGAAAAUAGCUGGAAAAAUAAGGAAUACGAAGAGGAACUCGAGAAAUCACUUAAAGCUCAGUUUGAGAUAUCCGUCUUGCACAAAUUUAUGAAAGAUAUGGAAGAGAAGAACUGCUCUCUCAUCAUUGAGUGCCAAAAACACGUUGAGGCAUCCAAAUUGGCGGAGAAAUUGAUCUCGGAGCUGGAGAGUGAGAGCCUUGAGCAGCAAGUAGAAGCUGAAGUCUUGUUGGAUGAAAUCGAGAGACUCAGAUUGAGCAUUCACCAGGUUUUCAGGGCGCUUGAAGCUGAUCCGGACUGUCAUCCCGAGGAUAAGAUGGAGAACACCGUGCACCAUAUUAUCGAAACUAUUGAAGAUAUGAAAAGUUCCAUAUCAAGCCACGAGGAUGAAAAGCAGCUGCUCUUGGUUGAGAACUCUGUUCUCCUGACCCUCCUCAAGCAGUUAGAAUCCAAGGGGAUGGAAUUCGAGUUGCAGAGGAAGACCUUAGAGCAGGAGUUCAAAACCAUGAGCGCUAUGGCAGAAACUGAAAACGAAAAACUCCAAGAGCUGAACGGAGUAUUAAAAUCCGAUGUGUGUGAGAGUCGUCAGCAUGCUGCUAUGCUUGAAGUUGAAUUGGAGAGUCUUACUAUCAAACAAGCCGAUUUGCAUAAAUCAUACAACACUUUAGAGGCGGCAUACUUGCAAGUAAGCCGGGAUAAUACAAAUUUACUGAACAAGUUUUCUGUUCUAAAGGAGGAGAAACAAAAGGUAGAUCAGCAUAGCAAUGCUGCUCUACUUGAAUGCCUAGCAACUGCUAACGAAUCAGUCGUUUUUAGGAGCUUCAUUGAGGAGAAGUCUUCACACGUAAAAUCACUCCUCAGUGAUCUGAGGAGACAGCAUCAGAUCAACUGUGGCUUUGAAAGGGAAAUGUCUGCAUUGGUAGAGAAGCUGGAGCUGCAAAAGGCAGAAAACCAACUCUUGAAAGAUGCUGUCCAAAAGUUGGAAGGAGAGAUGCAAGGGAUGAGAGAAUACAAUGUUGAGAUGAAGGAGGAGAUUAUGAGUGGUAAACAGACUUUGCUUCAAACAGAGGGGAAGCUCUUGGAUGCAGAAACGAGGCUUCAAAGUGUCGAAAAGUUUAAUCUGGAAUUGUGUACAACGGUCGAUGAGCUGAAAACGGAUAUCCUAGAGUCAGUGCAGAUGAAGGAGACUCUUGAGAAGGACAUUAUCCGGCUGUCCGAAGCUAAUACAGCCCAGAGGGAGGAAAUGAAGAGCCUUAAUGUGCUGAAGAUGAACGUUGAGAGCGAGCUUUCCCAACUCCGGGAGCAGAUGGAAGAGAAAACUGUUAGAGAACAGGCUUUGUGUUCAGAUCUCAAGGAGAAGAGCAACGAGUUUGAACUCUGGGAAGCAGAAGCUACGGUAUUUUACUUUGACCUUCAGAUCUCUUCUAUCCGUGAAGUUCUGUUCAAGAACAAGCUGCAGGAGCUUAGUGGAGUAUGCCAGAAACUUGAGAAUGAGAAUGCUUCAAAAACAUCUCAAGUUGAGCAAAUGAAAGGGGAGAUUAGCUCGAUGGAGAAUGAAAUUGGCGGGUUGAAAUCGCAGCUGCAUGCAUACGAUCCAGUCAUAUCUGCUCUAAGAGAGGAUAUAAUGCUUCUUGAGCAUAAUGCUCUUCUUCAGACAAAGCUCAAAGCAUCCCGUGACCAUGAGCCAGAGAUUCUCGAAGUCGUUGGAGAUGACUCCGAAGUAGCUGUGGAAGACUCAUCCCUUGUGGCAACAACAUGUGAAGAACAAAAGAUGUAG